CAGGAGCUUUGCGUGCGCUGCCCCCUGCAGGCCAAUAAGUCGGACCUGAGCAGGAAGGCGCGGGAGAUGUGGGACAUCAACGUGCAGGCCGUGACCCACCUGGCUCUCAUCCUGGCCGUGGACAUCCUCUUCCACUUCCUCUACGUCCUCACCAUUCCUGGCGACUUGAAGCUUCUCAGGCACCUCUCCGACUGGGCCUUGGUCGGCGUGGCCUAUUUCAACCUGGUGUACGACUGGGCCAAAGCCGCCGUCAUGUUCGGCGUGAUCAACACCGUGUCCAGGCUCGACCACUUGGACCCGCCCAAGCCGCCCAAAUGCAUCACGGCGCUCUACGUCUUUGCCGAAAC